AUGGAGUCGAAGCAUAAAUCAAAGCAAAUUGAAAAACAAGACUUAAAAGAUAGAAGCAAGAAACAAUAAAGGCAACAGCAAGAUGAUAACAGUGAAAAUAGUGAUGAUGGAUAGGAUUUUAAUGAUGAUGUUGGAAUUGAUGAAGAAAUAGUUGUUGUUCCUUCAUAGGUAACCUAAAAUGCAGGUGGGAGAGAUGACUAUCAUACCAGAUAAAGAUUAGUUGUCAUUCUAGAGCAAGCUACACUUGAAAUAGCACAAACAAAAAGAGGCAUUGAAUUGAUAAACUGUGAUGAUCAUGAGAAGUUAAUUACAAAGAUGAAAAGAUCUCCAGAAGAUUUUAGACCUGAUAUUGCUCACUAGAUUUACAUAAGGACUAGUAAGAAUGUUCUUAUUGAGAUAAAUCCUCAGAUAAGACUUCCUCGUACCUUCAAGCGUUUUUCAGGACUUAUGGCAUAGCUUUUGACUAAAUAAAGAAUAUCUGCUCCAGUCUUAGAGUCAUAAAGCAGAUCAAACAAUGAUAACUUCUUGAUGAAGGUCAUUAGACCUCCUAUUUCAUCCUAUUUACCUAAAGGAGCUAAGAGAAUAGGCAUGUCUGUUAAAGGCAAACUUGUCAACUUUAGGCAGCAUGUAAGGGAAGCAUUGGAUGUCCAGGAUAAACCAGUGAUUUUUGUUGUUGGAUGCACAUCAAUUGGUAAUCCCACAGUUGAUCUUGAAUAUACUGAUGAUACCAUUAGUAUUUCUCAUUAUCCAUUGAGUGCUCAGUGUGUUUGCAGCAAAAUAUGUAAUACAUUUACUGAUUUUUGGAAUAUACUUUGA